UCACUUGUCACGUGGUUUAAAAUCUUCGGCAGGAUGGCGCGGAAACUUGUCACGCCGCGGCACAACUAAGAAAUACAUUGUUUUUUUGUUUUUAUUUUUUUUGUUUUUCUUUAUUUCACACCUGCUGGCCUCUGUCUAGUGAACCCAAGUAAGUGGCGUUAGAUUGUAGUUCUUGUCUUUAGGUGUGGUAGUUAUCCAUGCCACGGCAGCUGUGCUGUGAGUAAAGCAGAGUGGGAGCUGUUCACCAGCAGCCAGGCAUCGCCUCGGUCUGCUGCCUGCUGCCUGCUGCGUGUUGUAGUCGGUGGGCUCACCGCCGGGCUCUCAGUGUGUGUCGCUGCUUCAUCCUGAGGAAUGAGUGAGCUGGAGGUGAAGUUCGUCGGGGAUGGAGAUGUUCUGGAGCACAUCGUGGACAAACAGGAGGGCGUGCAGAGCAGCGCCGGCUCCACGCAGAGGAUGGUCAAGUUUAAGAGCCCAGCUGGACGGAAGGGACGCGCAGAGGACGGACGGCAGGAUCAGGAGGAAAGCGGAGUCCUGGAUCAGCAGAACUACAUCCAAGCUUUAGGAACCGAUAAUAAUGAAGAAGAGGAGGAUGGUUUGUCCAGAGUGGCCGGUUCCUCCAUCUUCACGUUCCAGAAAGUCAAGCGUGGCAACAGCAUGGCAAACACAGCGAGUGAGCUCGCCCGGACCCCUGGGAAAAACGUGCGAUUCCUUCCGGCUGAACCCUGCACCCCCACGCGAGCAGGCCGACACCACAAAGGCGAAAGCAGAACACCUCAGAAGCAGGGCAAGAAGGUGCGGUUUGUGUCCACAACACCUCACAGGCUCAGAAAGAGACUAACCACGCCGAGCCUUCGGUCGGACAGCGACAGUGAGCUCUCCCCCUCUGACUCUGAGGAGGAAGAAGAUGAGGAGGAGGAGGAGGAAGAGGAGGACAGGCUAAAGGAAAAGCAGAAAGUGAAUAUAGAGGACAAGGAGAACCAGAGAACCCCCAGUAAACGCUUAUCCGCAGCUCUCUGCAAGACUCCAGCCAAGAAGAGCAAGAACACAGCAGAACCCACCAUGAUCGAGGACUACUUUGAGGCGCACGGCAGCUCCAAGGUUCUGACGUCAGACCGGACCCUCGAGCGGCUCCACACCCCUAAACUAGACAGGGAGACUCUGGCUCGUCUCUUAGAAGGGAAACCAUCCUGUUACUCAGCGGAGAUCCAGCAGCUGCACAACAAACACAGAAAGCACUUUUCCAAAUGGAUGUUACAGUUACAGCUGGGAUUCAGUGUGCUGGUUUACGGUUUGGGCAGCAAGAAGGCUUUGCUGGAAGACUUCAGGGUGUCUCAUCUGUCUCAAGAGGUCCACGUCGUCAUCAACGGCUUCUUCCCCUCCAUCACUCUUAAGUCGAUAUUAAAUGCUUUGACCUGUGAGGUUCUGGAGCACCAGGGGACUUUCCGCACCCCCUCAGAUCAGAUCCACUUCAUCGCCCAGACCCUCAGAGACAGCCCAGAUCUCCACGUAUACCUGCUGAUCCACAACAUCGAUGGGCCGAUGCUGCGAGGGGAGAAGACCCAGAGUGCGCUGGGCCAGCUGGCGUCCCUGCCCAACCUGCACCUGGUGGCCUCCAUAGACCACAUCAACGCCCCCCUAGUGUGGGACCAGUUCAAGCAGAGCCAGUUUAACUGGCUGUGGUGGGAGUGCGUGACGUUCCAGCACUACACCGAGGAGACGUCGUAUGAAAACUCGCUCCUGGUGCAGCAGACCGGCGCCCUGGCUCUGUCCUCCCUCACCCAUGUGCUGCGCAGCUUGACACCCAACGCGAGAGGAAUCUUCAGACUGCUGAUAAAAUUUCAGCUGGAAAACAAAGACAAUCCUUCAUACUCGGGCUUGUCGUUCCAAGACUUCUACCAGCGCUGUCGAGAGGCGUUCUUGGUGAACUCUGACCUCACGCUCAGGACUCAGCUGACGGAGUUCAGAGACCACAAACUGAUCCGGACACGCAAGGGUGCAGAUGGGGUGGAGUACCUGAUGGUUGCUGUGGAAACGAGCACGCUGAUGGACUUCCUGGAGAACGAGGAUGACGACUGAAAGGACCAGACUUCCCAGUUAUGAUCUGGAUUUUUCCCGCAGGCUUCUAGUAUAGCCGCUGGGCUGAUAUGAAAGCCAUCCUGGCAAAUAGCACUAGGUGGACUAAAGUGUUAGCUCUAAAUGCACCAACGCACUGUGACGUUCACAUUUCAGCGGAGUCAAUAAAAGUAACAGUAAGUUAAAUUA